UUAAACAGCAGAAAUGGUUCAACAGGUAGCCUCAAGUACAGCGAACUCAGGUUUUACUUAAAUGCAAUGUAAAGAGAGUGUUUUGUGAUAAUGUUAACCAGGUGCACUUAAUUUGGAUGUUUAUAUUUAAACUCGGUUCGGACAGAGGGUGAUAGGACGGAAUCAUGAGUGACGGUGUUGACGUCAGCGUGGCGUAUAAAGGUGGUGACGGUGACGUCGCUACGGACUUUAAACCAGCAACAGAGAAACAUGACGCAGGGAAGGAGUCGAGACGGCCAAAACCGAGACAAAAAGGCCCUGGGCUGCUCAAAGGGAAGGCAGUGGAUGCAGAGUACCUUUCGUGGUCGGAGAGGAACAGACGCCUAAUAGUGAUCAUGGUCAUAGCAGCGGUGGUCGUUGUAGUAAUCGGCAUCGCUAUCGUUCUAGGGAUCACAUUAUCCGGGUCGUCCGAUGACUCGGAGGGCGCAAAGGGUAAACAGACAGGCGCUGCUGUGUGUCCGGAGGUAAUGGACAAAGAAGACACGACGUUUGAACACAAUGGCCACUGUUACCACGUGGUCGAGCUGACUGAGACCCAGGUUGUCUACGACCAAGCCCAGGGCGAUUGCACUAGUCGGGGUGGUCAUUUACUGACCAUUCCGGACAACAAGACACAAACAUUUGUGGCCGAAAACCUUCAGGACCGGUCAGAAAGUCAUACAAUACUCUUAGGACUCAAGAAAGAAGGAGCUACUUGGAAAUGGGUUACAGGCGUUGAGGCGACGUUUUUCAACUGGGAACCGAGUGUCAAGGUUGAAGGCAACUGCGCUACCUUGCGGCUUGACAGAAUGAAUUAUUGGGAGAAGUAUACAUGCACGCCGACGGACUGGUAUACUACAUAUGUCUGCGAAUAUCCUCCUGCGUCCGGGGUGACAAGAUUACAAAGUGUCUCAUCUACAUUUGUAUUCAAUAUCAUCCUAGUAACAAUUCUUUCAUCGUGUGGCGUUCUUUGAUAUGUCAUUUCCGGCGCUGACAGCCUCUUCCCUAUCGGAACACUUCGACCAUUUUCCAUCGAAAACAACCUCGGAUGUAUUUGGAUGUCAGAAGUCUUUACACUUUGUCUACGCUGCAAGUAGAUCGCGUAGUGAUAUCAAUUUAGCAGUUAAACCUAAUAACUCUAUUCUUGGAAUUUUUAAUUAUUAAUGCAAUAGUACACUUCACUUGAAAUAAAUUUAAGCUGAGUGAUAUAAUUUACACGUUAAAACACUUCAAUUAGUUAAUAUAGUUUGCAUUAGUUAUAAGAACUACUUUUGCUAAUGCACCGGUAUUCAUUCGAGGCUAUUUUCAAUGGAAAAUAGCCGAGCUGUUCCGAUUCGAACGCAAAUGGUUUCAUUUAGUAGGAACGUGAGGAGGGCGAUUAUACAAUACAUACUCGUUUAUCCGUCCUUUUUUGCAAACUCAUUUAAGCUGAUAAUGGCUGAUAAUGGUAACAUGUAUUUAUCAUGGCAUUAAGGCCAAACAAAGAAAAGUUCUCACAGAUUGACCGUUUGAAAAAGUUUUUCAUUUUCUUUUGUCUUAGAAUUAUUUGGCGUUAAUGUCUGAUGAUAUAAGACUGCUGACAAAUGACCAGAUCGCAGGUUUCAUUUUAUUUGUUCGAAGUUUAAUGUUAAUGGCUAAAAGCGUUACUAAACACUUAAGAAAAAACAUGAGUUUUUUCGGCAUAAAACAUCAAUUUUUAAACGUAAAUAUAAAAAGAAAACUUGCGAUUUGAUCUUUUGUCAGCAGUCUGAUAUCACUGGUUUCAAUAUAUUAUUGAUAACUUAAUACCUUUAGUUAACUCUAACAUAUAUUAAAAGGAUGUAUUAUACAUGUAUGUCUCAUAUUUAUGAUACAGUAUGCAACGUACGACUUUUUCAGAUUGUAUUGAUUGAGACAUACGUCAUGUUUAUAGAAUGACGUAUAUGUGUGUUUCUGUUUUAAUAAAGAUGUAUAUAUGAAUUUGAUUGUAAGAAUAGUAUUUAAAGUGCUUUUGUUUACAUGAAUGGAAAUGUGCAAGUACACUUUUAAGGGACUAGAUACCAGAUGGUUCCAAAAUCGGCAAAUACAGCAUUUCCUACACACAAGACUAGAAUUGUCAUAAAGAGCUAGUAUGAGGCCAUUCCACUUUACAUGAUUAAAAUAAUAGUUUGUCGUCCUCUAAGCUGAGUUGACCCCUUUAAAAAUAGCACAUACUUGUUUCUCAGUUUAUAGUGUGUAUAUUUACCAUGAGAAAGUCGCGUGAUUAGAUCGUGGUAGACAGACCCAGUAAAAUUUCGAAUUGGAAAAUACGGAAAAACCUCGAAAAGUACAUGUAUCGUAAACGAUGUGAUAAAUUAGUAAUAAAGAUUCAAUGCGUUGACACAACGAUCAAUUUUAUGUAAGCUUUUGACAAUUUUCUUUUUUUCUUCCAUUUUUAAUAUCUGGUGUCAAGUCCCUCUAAAAAUAUUUAGGAUAAUGCCAAACUACAAACUCUUUAUACUUGAUGGAGUACGUUGGUUGAUUAAAUAUUUUCUAUGUCUGUAAUUAUAUUUAGUUGUUUUAUCUUAGUAUUAUACAUUACAUUAGUAUUGUUACCUUACUCGUCUUUAUGUAAUAAAAAUCGAACUUUUGUGUAAUAAAGGACUACAAUUAUUUACCAUGAUAUGAAUAUUUUUAAUGACAAUUUACUUUAUGUUACUCUUUAAUACAAAUGUUACCCUUUGGACUAUUUUAUAAUUCUAUACACUGUAUACAUAUGUUUUACCUAUACAAUAUUGUACGAGUUUACAUUCUAAUAAAGUAUAAAA